AUGUCAUUAAAACUAACACCUACUGAUCAAGCCAUAAAUAUACUUAUGAAUAUCAAUCAUUUAUUUGGACAAUUAAUUCGUAUUCUUUAUGUAAAAGCUAAACGUGCACAAAUAAAUAAAAAUUAUUCUCAUUGUCAUACACUAUUAACUCAAGCUAUUGAUAUACUUAGUUUACGUCAUCAUCAAGAUAUAACUAUUGGACAAGUUAUUAAAUAUCUUCAUUAUAAUCGAUUAUUAUUUGAUUUAUAUGAAGUUAUAUCAAAACAAACAUUUCAUGAUAAUGAAAAUAACUUAUGGGAAAAAUAUCAAAGUUUUCUUACAGAAAAUCAUUCAGAUAAUGAUACUAAUACGGAUGUUAUAUCUGCUGCUUUAGCUUAUGCAUUAUCUCCAAAUAAAAUUCAAUUUAUUCAGUCUUUAAUGGUAAAUAAUCGUCGAAUUCAUUUAUUAACUAAUGAAAAUCAAACACAAAUACGUCCUGAACUUGCUCAAGAAUUAUGGGAACGAAUAACAGAUAUAUUAACUGAAAAAUUACAAGGAUUAAAUGUUAAUAAACAAUCAAGAAAUCGUCAUCAACAAUCAAAUUCAUUAAAUGAUAAAUUAACUGCUGUUGAAUUACAAAAAAUUUUAAUUAAUAUCAAUCAUCGUAUUUUACUUUAA